AUGGUUUUCCUGAUGGGAAUGCAGUCCGACGCGCAGAGCGUCAAAUCUGGCUCCACCGAUGUGCUGUUUGACGCGAGCGUCUGGCGGAUACGCAGCAUCUGGGAUGGGGUGAAGCUGGAGGUCGCCGCGGACACGAGCAGCCCGGUGGUCCUUCACAGCGUCACGCAGCUGGACCCGGACCUCCCGCAGCUGGAGAACUCGACGCAGGAGAUUGGUGAGGAGGUGGAGGACGGGGCCAUCUACACCAUCACCCUGCGCAGAGUGCAGUUACACCACGCCGCCAGCAAGGGGCAGCGCUGGCUGGGGGUGGACUCGGACUCCGCCCUCAGCCUGUAUGAGACCUGCAAGGUGCGCACCAUCAAGGCCGGAACCCUGGAGAAGCUGGUGGAGUACAUGGUGUCGGCGUUCCGGGGCAACGACUCCACCUACGUCACCAUCUUUCUGUGCACCUACCGCUCCUUCGCCUCCACAAAGCAGGUGCUGGACUUGCUGCUCAACAGGUAUGCCAAGCUGCAACAUGUCUCUAGUGCAGAGGGACCCAGACUGACACAUGACGACCGCACAGAACUGAAGAAUACAAUCUCGUCCAUUCUGGGCGCCUGGCUGGAUCAGUAUUCAGAGGAUUUUUGGAAACCCCCUGAGUACAGCUGCCUGCGCCGCCUCAUCUCCUACCUGCACCUCAACUUCCCGGGGUCAGACCUGGAGCGCCGUGCCUGCAACCUGCUGGCCCAGUUCCACCGCCAGCAGCACCGCGACCUGGAGCAGGAGGCACUGGACCACACUCCCUGCCCCUUCGCCAUGCCAGAGGAAAAUGGCUUUGACGAUGACCGUCCGGACUUCCUGAACUUUGACCCGAUAGUGGUGGCUGAGCAGUUUACUCUAAUGGAUGCGGAGCUGUUUAAGAAGGUGGUCCCGUAUCACUGCUUGGGGAGCAUCUGGUCCCAGCGGGACAAGAAGGGCAAGGAGCACCUGGCCCCCACCAUCCGUGCCACCGUGGCGCAGUUCAACACUGUCACCAACUGCGUCAUCGCCACCUGCCUGAGCGACCGCGCCCUCAAGCCCGCGCAGCGCGCCAAGCUGGUGGAGCGCUGGAUCGAGGUGGCCAGGGAGUGCAGAAUCCUGAAGAACUUCUCCUCCUUGCGCUCCAUCCUCUCGGCCCUACAGUGCAACCCGGUGCACCGGCUCAAGAGGACCUGGGACGAGGUGUCCAGGGAGAACUUCCGGAUCUUCCAGGAGCUGUCAGAGAUUUUCUCCGAUGAGAACAACCACUCUCUCAGCAGGGAGCUACUCAUCAAGGAGGGGACCUCUAAAUUCGCCACCCUGGAAAUCAACCCUAAGCGGGCCCAGAAGAGACACCAGCAGCAGAGAGACCUGAGCGUGAUGCAGGGGACCAUUCCGUACCUGGGGACCUUCCUGACUGACCUGGUGAUGAUGGACACUGCCAUGAAGGACUACCUAGAUGGUGGACUGAUCAACUUUGAGAAGAGAAGGAAGGAGUUUGAGGUCAUCGCUCAGAUCAAGUUGCUGCAGCUGGCCUGUAACAAUUACAACUUCACCAAGGACGCUCGCUUCAGAGCCUGGUUCUCUGGGAUAGAAAAACUCACUGAGGCGGAGAGCUAUAGCCAGUCCUGUGAGAUCGAGCCCCUUUCAGAAUCAGCCAGCAACACUUUGAAGGCCAAGAAAAACACCGGCAUCAUCAAGCGCUGGAGCGAUCGCCAGCCAGCCAGUGCAGAGCCCAGCAGUAGCAGUGUGGGCAGCUCUCACUCCAAGUCCUUUGACCAGCUGCGUUAUGGCCCCCUGUUGAGUGGGCUGGGCAGUGCAGGAGGUGAUAGCGGCGACUCCCUCAGCGUCACCUCCGCCGGCUCCAGCAGCUCCGACGUGGAGGAGAUCAACAUUAGCUUCCUCUCCGACUCACCUGACGCCCAUGAGAAGAAGACGUCCACACCUACAGUAAAACAUUCCAAUUCUGCCUUAGGAAAGGGAGGCCCGGUUCCUGACCUCACUCCCACGUUCUGGGAAUCCACCUCACUGUCGUCGCUGGAUACCGGGGGGAUGUGCUCUGGCUCCAGCAGCGCCUCCUCGUCCUCUGUCAGCUCCACCCCUGUCACGGCCUCCCGGUCCCACAAGCGCUCCAUCUCGGGGAUCUCCAGCUACUCCUCCCUCUCCCUCCCCCUCUACAACCAGCAGGUGGACGACUGCUGCAUCAUUCGCGUCAGCCUGGACGUUGACAAUGGGAACAUGUACAAGAGCAUCCUGGUGACCAGCCAGGAUAAGACCCCAGCAGUCAUUAGGAAAGCCAUGGUCAAACACAAUCUGGACCGGGAGCGACCGGAAGACUAUGAGCUGCUGCAAAGGAUCUCUGAGGAGAAAGAGCUGAAGAUCCCAGACAACGCCAACGUCUUCUACGCCAUGAACUCCUCGGCCAACUAUGACUUUGUACUGAAGAGGCGUGGCUUUCCCAAGGCAGAGCGUGCCAAGCACGUGGCCAGCUCCACCCUCCCACGGAUGAAGCCAAAGGGCCUGAAAAUCCCCAAGGGCAUCUUCUGAAGGGUCAGGCCCACCGAAACCCCACCCACUCCCCUGCACUGUCGACGCCCUCUGGGGGCUCUGCCCUCCAAGGCCCUUCCCUUGGGACGCUGCUGCCAUGGCCAGAGCAGCAGACAGAGCCCCGCCACAGGCCAGGCGAGGGGGCAGGGCUUAUGGGAGAGCGUGUGGAGCUGAGGCAAACUGGCUGUGUUCCUUCAUACAAUGAGGGAGAAUCAAAGCAGAACAAAGCCCCUGAGGCACGAGCAGGAGAGAACUUAUUCUCGCUGUGGUGUGGAUGGAGCAGCAAUGUUUACACCCCCCCUUACACUAUCCCUCAUCCUACCCCAGUGGAGCAGAGUCUUGUCAGCACAGGUAUCCACUUUCUUUGACUGCAGGGAAUGUCUUCUUGUGAGCUCCAAUAUGCACCUCCUGUGAGCACAGGCAACCACAUCCUGUGAGCCCAGACUACUAUUUCCUGUGGCUCAAGGAUGCCACAUCCUGUGAGUUUAGGCAACUACUUCCUGUGAGUGCUGACUUCAACUUUGUGAGUCCAGUCUACUACUUCCUGUGACCCAAGGAAACCACUCCCUGUGAGACCAGCCACUUUCCGGGCACAAAAACUGCCAAUAGCUGAUCUGAAGAAUCAUUGUGUCUUUGAGCUACUAAAUGAGAGCACCUUCGUUCCUUUGUUGUAACUGUGUCCAUGGAUAUUUCCCUGCCUUUAUGACGAUGAUGUCUUACACAUAAAUCAAGGUGAAGGAGGAGGGAGAAAUAGAGGUGAUGCACGCCCUGGUGCAUCAAUCAAUGUCUUCCCCCUCCUCCUGCUGGAGGUCCCCUUGAGAAUGAAAACAGUCCAGACUGAUUUCCCUUUUGUGCAUUUCACAACACUACGGAAUGUUAGUGAUGUCAGGGCCUUUAUCAGGGCUUGUGUUUACCCAGAGACAGACACACUGACAAAGGAAAAGUCUGUCCUGUCAUGUCACAUGGCUGGUCCUUCUAUAGAGGUCACAUGACCAGUUCUCCUACAGUGGCAACAUGACUGGUCCUCCUGGAAGGGCGUCACAUGGUCCAUUCUGUAGAGAUCAUAUGACCCAUUCUUCCAACUUGUGUCUUAGGGGCCCAGGAGAGACUGAACACAGCAGAAACCACGCUCAUCACUAAACGCACACCUUCACCGAUAACACACAAGUAACACACUUGGUUUCUCAGAGGGGCAUUGUUGUUUUGUUUAGAUCCUGAUGGUGCUAAUGGAUGUACAGCCACCCCCUAACCCCCCUUCAGCUAUGAAACCUGGGCCUGAUGAAUGGAAUGCUGAUGAAUCCUGCAAACCUGGUCCGUCAACACGCUGAAGGAGGACGGCAUAUGGUUACUGUGCCAACCACUCAUUCCACUGGACCUCCAUGUUUCUGACAGAAACUCUCAGAAUCACUUGAUGGAUACUCCAGCCCCCAGCAGCCCCACUUCCCCUGAGUUAAACAGACUCUCCCUGGUCAUUUGUGCAAGGAGUGUGAAAAGGAGCUGUAAAAUGAACUGUAAGACCGUGGUGAUCCUCAUACUACAUUUGUCAAUACUACAUUUCACACUACAGUUUUUUCAUGUCAGUAAAAAAAAAGUAAUGCGAUGCUCCCAAUGCCCCUUCACCCGUCUGCAACCUGUACAGUACUCCGCCUGUGCCAAAGACCAGGGAGGGCUGAAUGAGGUGAACGGAGUAGCAGAAAACAAUUGGUUAGAAUGGUUCCAGUCGCCAUGGCAAUGGUCAAAUGCACACAAGAGUCAGGGCAGCCAUUUUUGGCAGGAUCAAGUAAGAGUUUUUGUUUAAAUUAGAAUUAAAUUUCAUAUCUAUGAGUGUAACUUUCUGUUGAGGGUUGAAUUGAAGCUGUUGGGAAAAGUGUUAGGUAUGAUGUGUGUAUGUGUGUGUUCCAUAUGAAUGUCAUAUUAAAUAUGGCAAUAUGUGCAGCACAUAACAGAUAGCACACACAGAACAAUUCUGGAGUUCCUAUAUUUAUGUUUGGGACCACUGUAUCAAGGAAGUGAAAUCAUUGAGCUCAAUAUUAAAGUGUCAACCAGACAUUAGUCUGUAAUCUGAUAUGUUGGAAAUGCUACAAUAAGAACUGAGAAUUUAUUAUUAUUAUUAUUUGUUGUAUAUUCGUACAUGUUACAGCACACGAAAGGAUAGCUUUCUGGCCAGAGUGGCCCUUUAAUUUCACCUAGCCCUUGCCAUUAAUUGUUAUUGCCUAACUGGUCAUGACAUGGACAUCUACUCGGAAAUGUGCGAUGGUCAAAGUUACACUGUUUCCUGUGCAGUGACAGUAGUCAGACAGGGGCUGAAGUAUGGCACUGAAAACCUCCCCACACUUUCAAAUGUACAGACAGACAGACAGACAUACAGACAGACAAUAGUGUCAAUAAACUAUAAGAAUGAAAUCACUGGGGUUUCAUUUUUGUAAAAAGUCUGAAGUGAAAUCUCCUUUCAGAGGGACCCCAGUACACUGUCUCACAUCUUCAGAUGAGAAGAGAGACAUUAUUAAGAAACUUCCCUCUACAAAGCUAGAACCAGGCUGGUUCGCUAUACCCAUUUCACACUGUACCCAGUCAGCUGGACCCAGUCCGGUUCAUUUUACCCCUUGUCCACAGCUGGAACCAGGUCUUAUUGUACUCCCUUUCCACUGCAGAGCUGAAAUCAGGCUCUAUAUGGGUAUAAAAAGGGAUGUAAAACUCAAGACCAGAGGGACUGUGUGAGCUCUAAUGGGAGAGGCUUGUUCAGUCAGAACCUUCGCCAAAGAUCCAGUGGGGUACUGAUUCCACCCACACCAUUCACUUGAUUUCCCUCUCUCAGACACAUCUGCUGAUCAGGAACUGGCUGCCAUCUUUAGCAAACAUCUGCAAAUCAGGUGCCAUUUUACUCUUUCAAUUAAAGAAGAAACAACUUUUAUAACA